AUGAUUCAUAUUAACAUACCUCCUGAUUGGGUUGUUGUUACCGAGCAAUCAAAAGAUGUUCUUAACCAGCUUAAAGCCCCAAGUACUUCUGAAAGUCUAAUCCAAAUCGCAAGACAAAUCAUUCGCUGGUCCCUUUUAUUAGUUUGCUUCUUCUACUUUGGCGUUCUUCUGGCCUCUUUCGGCUACUUCCAGACACUCGGAUUCUUCCCUUUACUUUGUCUCUUCAUUAUCUUAGUUCUUACCACUAUUCUUUGGAAGGCUGCUACCACCACUGAUUCAAACAACCACAAGAUAAGUGAGCCCACUCGAUUCUUUAUUUGCGUCUUAUCAACUAUUCUCCUAGUCCUACCUGCUCUAAUUGUAGGUAAUCCAUGGCCUAUCUAUCUUCUUACACACAUGAUUAUUCCCAAUCAUCUCUUCCUUCUCACCGCAGCUGCCCAUCUCAUUGUCUUCAUUAUUGGAUUAGCUUAUGCCGACACAAACUUCCAACAAGCCCUAGGCCUAUUCCCUGUUUUAAUGGCUCUAGCAGCCACAUUGGACUACACUAUCUCCCGACUAACUUCCCAACAAGACAAAAAACCACGUCAGAGAACCUUCUCAACCUGCACGUUCAUCACCGGGGCUGCUCUACUCCUUGUAACCACUGUUAUUCUCUUCCUAGUUAUUUGUAAACUCGAUACCGACUUCAUCAACUACCUCCGCAAACCCAUCGAAGAGCUCAAGGAUGCAGCCCACUACUAA